AUGCGUUCUUCCAGGACCCUCAUCGAGAGGUUUUACCCCCGUCUUACCCUCGACUUCCACACCAACAAGCGAAUCCUCGAUGAGGUCGCCACUGUCCCCUCUAAGAGGUUGAGGAACAAGAUCGCUGGCUUCACCACCCACUUGAUGAAGCGAAUCCAGAAGGGUCCCGUGCGCGGUAUCUCUUUCAAGCUCCAGGAGGAGGAGAGGGAGAGGAAGGACCAAUACGUCCCCGAAGUCUCCGCUCUUGCCACUUCCGACGAGUCUCCCCUCGAGGUCGACACCGAGACCAAGGACCUCCUCAAGUCCCUUGGCUUCGACGACCUCAACGUCAACGUCAACGCCGUCUCUGCCAACGCUCCUCGAGAGAGGAAGACCCGAUUCGUCCCUGGUGCGGGCCGUGCUUAA